GUUUUAUUUCAAAAAAUAAAUCCUUUUAUGCAUUGCUGCAUUCAAAAACUAUCCAUUUUAAUGAUGAUCAAGAAACAAUUUCAAAUAAUGGGCUUGUUAAUAAUACAGUAGCCGUAGAAUAUUCAAAUACAAUUAAGAGUAUUGAUGAUCAAGAAACCUGUUCAAAUACAAGUACUGAGCUU